AUGUCCCCUUUCGCUAAACUCUUGGCAUUGGCCUCUGUGCUGCCUGUAGCACUUGCCUGCCUAGGCUACGAGGGAGGUGUUCCUGUGGCCACUUCCAGCAAGACGAACUCAAAGGUCAUUGAGGUUGCAGCUGGUACUACCUACGAUGGAGGCUGGGCCAGGUAUGACCGUGGCUCAGGUGCUUGCAAUGAUCAGACUGAAGGAGGUGACGCAGACGCCGUCUUCCUCCUCCGUUCCGGUGCUACUUUGCAGAACGUCAUCAUUGGCAAGAACCAAGCUGAAGGUGUGCACUGUGACGGACCUUGCACCUUGAAAUUCGUCUGGUUCGAGGAUGUCUGCGAGGACGCCAUCACCAUCAAGAACGACAAAGCGGGUCAGGAAACUUGGAUCAUUGGCGGCGGCGCAUACCAUGCCAGUGACAAGAUUGUUCAGCACAACGGCUGUGGUACUGUCAACAUCAUCAACUUCUACGCCGAAGACUACGGCAAGGUCUACCGCUCAUGUGGCAACUGCAGCUCCCAAUGCAAGCGCAACGUCUACGUCGAAGGCACCACCGCUUACGGUGGCGGAGAGGUCGUUGGGAUCAACUCCAACUACGGUGAUACUGCCACGCUGAAGAACGUCUGCACUGACGCCGCGCACCCAUGUCAAAUGUACACUGGGUGUGCUGGUGGCUGCGAGCCUGUCAAAGCUGGAUACUGUUCUGGCUAA